ACCGGACUUGAACGCGGUCCAUAGCUACUUAUCCAGUAAUACAGUGCGUAUCACUGCAGCAAUGAGUUUCAAAAAAAGUAAAUUGGACCUAUUAGUCCGAGUGCGUUAUUCCAAUCCACUCCCCGCUCCUCCAUGCCCCCCAAAACUCCUCGACAUUCCAACAAAUCCUACACGAUACGCUCGCCCGGAUUUCUUAAACGCAAUAGCCAAUGACACUCCCUUACCAAUGAUUGUCGAUGCGGAAUGUGGCAUGCCACUUGACCUCGGGAAGUGGGAAUGCUUAUGGGAAGAGGAUGGGGAUGAUUCGGAACUAAAUCCAGAUCAAUACAAUCUACCCGCUUUAGACCCAAAGGAUCGGUUUCUGCUUGGUGAUCCUGCUACGACACCAGGACCAUAUCUUAACGGGAAUUCAUCCGCUGUAGGGUCAGGAGCAUCAACUCCAUUACCAGUCCAUGUUCCUUGGUUGCGAAAGACAGAAUAUAUCAGCCGGGAAGGUGUUCAGCGUUCCGCAUCAUUACAAGAACCGAAACAUAAUAUGAACCAACACAUCGAUGUAUCCCGCAGUGCUCAAAUUCGUGAUAUUGAAGCCUCAUUUUCAUCAUGUAAUGACAAAUUCGAACUCUCAGCACUCCGACACCCAAAUAAACCCAAUGUCACGGCUGUGGAAUCUUUUGAGAUAUUCCCAGAUGCAGAUAUAUGGGCAAAUGCAUAUGACCUGUUUAGAUUCUCAGAGAGACCCGGAGAACGAGCUUUAGACAUCGAUGAUUCUCGCUUGGACUGUGCUAUUCUUCGUCCCAUGGAGGCCGAAGGAGACCACUUCUUGGCAUACUACCUUACAAAGGACGAUGAGGCUGCCGUUACAUUCAAAACCACAAGAAUGGCAAAUGAAUCGUUGGAUUCAGAGGAACCACCCUCAACCGCAUUCCAUUUCGUGCGUGACUACGAAACUGUAAAAGUGGAACAAGAAGUUCCAAACGAAUUUUUACUGGUGUUGGACGAAGGCGACUCACAAUCCAUUACUAACGGGUCUGAUGAGGUAUUAGAGGGGAGAAGAAGUAAAGGUGCAUAUUACAAGAACAUUGAAAGAAAGAUGAUUUUGAAGAAGAAGCGUACAAACACACAAGAAGGCUAUGGUGACAAGUGGAUGGUCGUGAAUAUUUCACAUGUUCCGCUAAGCAAAGAAGAACUUGACGAACGAGAGGAGGUACUUGCAGAAGUUCUAGAUCCCUUGUAUCUGCUGGGCCGAGUAGACGCAGAUGCAGAUGGGGAGGGAGAAGUUGCUGAUAUAGACGGUGAAGCAGCUGCUUAUGCGGAUGGGGAUGGGGAUGCAUAUGGCGAAGUGGUCGACGGGAACGCUGAUGGGGAGUUUGACGAAAGAUUGAGCGGCGCUGGUAACGGCGGAGAGGGCGCGGAUGUAGACAUAUUCUAGUCAUGAGAGUUUCUACCGUCUAUUGGAGUCUGAGCAAUCAAACUCUUUUUCGUAGUGCUAUGAGGUGCA